UUCACCAUGAACUUCUAUGCGAUAUAAAUGUAGAAGUGUGGUCAAAGCGCGUCAAUUUUGACGUCAUUGGUGCUCAAUGCUCGAAGUGAAUAGUCAUCCCAUUUCGCAUAUAGUCGCGUGCCUGCCAGUCUCGAGGUGUAAUCUCUUACCCACGCUCUCGGACUAGGUGUCUAAAUUCAAGAUGUUCAAGAAGAAGCCUCAAAUCAAGCCAGCCGCACCUCUGCGCUCAUCUGACCGCAGAAAGACCGCAGACAGCAUCAUAGAAACCUUCCAACUCUCCCCACCAACACCAUCAGACGUGACACCCGAGCAAAAGGCCGAGGCAACUACAAAACACACAGCUUUGCGGAACUCCCUGUUACCCGACAACGUCCAGUCUGCUCGCUUCACGACCACACAUGGCCCGGAUCUCAAGCAGGUCAGUGGGACGGUGUAUAUCGGCAGCCAUGAAGGCGAAGAUGCAAGGAUACUGUGGUGGCAGGUCGACGGAAAGAUGUACCCUUCCGUCUACACAUUAUGGCGUAACCCGAAUAUCGUACCGUUACUACAUACGCCGGACAUUGUGAUUAGGAAGCUGCAGGGUGGAGCCGACCUUAUGACGCCUGGGCUGGCAGGUGGACCACCAUUCUCUGCGCGUGCGAAGAAGGGCGCGGUUGCGGCUAUUGCUUCAACGGAAAGGCCGAGUGUACCGGUUGCAGUGGGGGUGUGUGCGAUUGAGGUGUCGGCGUUGGAGAAGGUGCAGGGACAGCGAGGGCAUGCGGUGGAGAAUCUGCAUUGGGUUGGCGACGAGCUGUGGAGUUAUAGUCCAAGUGAGAAGCCUGGUCGGAAUCCGCCGGAGGAGAUAGAGGGCUGGCUGAAGGAAUCGGAUGACCGAGGGCUGGGGGCGGGGACGGAAGAGCUUGACCUUGACGAGGCGGAUGGCGAAGGUGGUGUGAGCCUUAACGGGCACUCUGAUGGACCAUCUGCUGAAGGUCAAGCAAACGGUGAGCAUGCCGAGGCAGGCAAUGCGGAAGACGCCGAGACUGUGCAAGAAGAGAGCGCUCGGCAAGGCUCCUCUGAGAUGUCGCAGAAGGAGAUCGACGAUGCGUUCCGAGCAGCCUUCCUGUAUGGAGUCUACCAUCAUAAGACCACACAGUCUUUAGCACCCAGUUUUGGCCUGGUCUUCCCGCUUUCACAGUCAUCCACCAUGAGCAACCUCAUACAACCCUUCUUACCUGCCUUCACACCCGAACAGAGCAACCAACUGCAAAUGAAGAAGACGAGCUGGAAGAGCAUCAAGAAGUUCGUCAAAGCCAUGGACAAGGAGAAGCUCGUCAAGAGCAAGGACAAGGAUGGCAAUGAGACGGUCAUCAUUGAUAUUGACUUCAAUGACCCCACAAUCGCAAACUUCAAGCCCUACCGACUGCCCAAGAAAGAGACAAUGGCUGGGACCUCGCUCGGCAGAGAUGACAAGGCCACCGAGCAGAUCGAUACCGGAGACGACUCCGUUGGACAGAAGCUGCAGGUUGUCUCGUACUUCAAACCCACAACGAAGCUUCAACCUCUCUUCGCCUCAGCUUCCAAACAACUCUUCACGCCACCCGAAGUUCGCGAAAUCAUCAAUGCUUACAUCGAGCAAGAAUCCCUCCUUUCUGAAACGAACAAACGCUUAGUCAGACUUAACCCGACGCUCGGCAAUGCGGUGUUUGACGGUAGCGGCAGCCUGGACAAGGAAGUGCUAGCCAAAGGCUCCGUUCCGCGAGACGCGCUCAUCGACCGCAUCCUACACGCCAUGAACACCUCUUACGCAAUCGUACGAAACGAUACCGACGCGUCGGCAGUCAAAGCCAAGUCGGGCACGCCGCCCAAGCUGCAAAUCACGCUCGAAACGCGCUCAGGCAACAAAACGGUCACGAAAGUCUCCGGGCUGGAGGCAUAUUACAUCCCUCCACGGCCUUUCGCGGAUGAGUUGCGGAAGGUGUGCGCGGGCAGUACGUCUGUGGAGCCGCUAGCGGGAGCGACGAAGAAGAACGAGAAGGAAGUGAUGGAGGUCAUGAUUCAGGGCCCGCAGCGGGAUGCGGUGGUGAAGGCGUUGGAGGGGAGGGGCGUGAAUGCAAGGUGGGUGGAGGUGUUGGAUAAGACGAAGAAGAAGCGAUAGCUCGCGCAUCAUUACCCCGCGGCACGGCUGCACUCGCAAUUCGUGCGGCUCGGUGCAUGUGCAGCCGCAAUCCUCCCGCCACCAUGGGGUCCAGCCACGCGGAAGCAUGUGAAAGCUUUGGCUUGUGAAAGCUCGUGAGAAUGCUACGUCGUCCAGCUCAACUUCAGAACGUCUUGCAUAAAGAUGCACAACGUUUUCGACACACACACACACACGAUAUCGGUGGAGUUCGUUUCGAUACCUCCAACCGCGCCCAUCGUCUGGUCUUUGAAGGAACCUCAGCCGCCAAGCAGAGACGAUCUGUCGGAGGCUCCGAACCGAGGCACCUCCUAGCCUAUAUUCAAGGCUUCACAGGCCUGCCAUGGCCCUUGGACGUCAGAUGA